AUUCCACUCACACAAGGCCAUCGCCAUCAGCGCCAUUCAUCAACUCCUUCGCUGAUCUCCUAUCGUCAAGAUGGUUCUCGCGGUCGACCUUCUCAACCCCACGCCUCAGGCUGAGGCCCGCAAGCACAAGCUUAAGACCCUUGUGCCCCAGCCCCGCUCCUUCUUCAUGGACGUCAAGUGCCCCGGCUGCUUCACCAUCACCACCGUCUUCUCGCACGCCCAGACCGUCGUUAUCUGCGCCGGCUGCUCAACUGUCCUCUGCCAGCCCACCGGUGGCAAGGCCCGUCUGACUGAGGGCUGCUCUUUCCGCCGGAAGUAAACGAGACGCGCAAAUGAAAUUUCUUUUUUUGUCUUGUUGAAACGCACAGAGGAUAGCAUGGAGCAACUAGGAUGAAAAUACCAGUUCCGGGUUUUCGACCUCCGCUUCGGUCCGGUCCACGGUUAUUUUAUUACGGAGACCGCCGUUCAAAAUGUCACAUACCACCUUUUUCUCUUUUUCUAUUACCACCUUUCACGGGUAAAAAAACACCCUUGACAAGGAAAAGUGUCGGGGGUUGGAGGAGGCAAUGAUAUGAUACGAUCCAUACCAACUUCUCUCUUUAUUUCCCCCGGAAAAACCAAAAAAUUGAAUGUGACGUUUUGACCGUCUCCGUCGUCCUACUUGUUGUCUCCGCUUGAUGAUGCACCGCAGCGUCUUUUUU